AGUCUGAGUGAGCCAGGAAGACAGCUGUCUCCGAGAUGACGUCAUCUUUGGCCUUCUGUAGGACUGGUGAACUUCCAGCUCGCAGCACUACUUAGUUUCUACGUUCUUGAGAACUCUAAGUCGUAUAACUUCUGUUGUCGGACCAGACCUGCCCCCACUGCUAAAAAACAGCCUAAAGGAAACACUGGAGUGGGUAGCUUUUCAUUGACAUUUGAUGUCGGCAAAAUCACUUUUUAUUGAGUUUCCUUUUUCCUGAAAUGCUCUGAGUGAAUUUAAUUAAAAUGAAAUGUCACAUUUUAUUGUGCAGUUGUUUAGAUUUUUUCACAGUUUAAUAUAAUGCUGUUUUCUCCAAACUACUCCGAGUUCAUUGUGUAGCGAGGAAGGAAAUGGACCAGUUUUCCAGCUGAUGCUUUGGGUUUUCCGACUGUUGUUAGUUGUGUGGGAUGUGAGGAGAAGGAGAGGAGACAGCAGCUCCUGAAUACCUCUGUGUGCUUUGAUUUGGACUGAACAGAAUCCAGAGUGAGUCCAGCAGCCCCAGUGGACAUCUGCUGGAUCUCAGGACCAGAGAGGAAUGGACGAGGACAACCAGAACCAGGAGCAGCGGAGCAACAAGGUCCCCAGAAGACCAGCAGCAGAUACCAGCCAUGUUCAGGAGCCCUCAGCAGACGUCAAGCUGGCCACAGGAGCAGGAAAGAAGGGCAAGAAGGUCAAGGAGGAGGAGCAGCCUGCAGCACCUUCUGCAGCUGCAGCAGUGAAGGAAGAGGAGCAACCUGCAGAACCUCCUGCAGCUGCAGCAGUGAAGGAGGAGGAAGAGGAGGAGCAUGCAGCUGCAGCAGUGAAGGAGGAGGAGCAUGCAGCUGCAGCAAUGAAGGAGGAGGAGGAGCAGCCUGAGCAGCCUGCAGAACCUCCUGCAGCUGCAGCAGAGAAGGAGGAGGAAGUGGACGAGUAUGUGGUGGAGAAGGUUUUAGACCGCAGAUUGAUGAAGGGAAGAGUAGAGUUUCUGCUGAAAUGGAAGGGGUUCUCAGAUGAGGAUAACACAUGGGAGCCGCAAGACAACCUGGACUGCCCCGACCUUAUCACCGAGUACAUGCAGAAACGAGGAGAGGAGGAGGAGAAGAAGAAGGAGGGCAAGAGGAAAGUUGUCAGUGAGGCCUCGGGAGACUCAGAGGAGCGAGGGAGCAAGAGGAAGGAGGAGAAACGGAGAGGAGGAGAGGGACCCAAACGUCACCACUGUGACCAAUCCUUCCCAACAUCUGGACAUUUAAAGAUUCAUCAGAGAGUUCACACUGGAGAGAAUCAACACAGCUGUGAUCAAUGUGGGACAGCUUUCACACUACAGAGUGCCCUAAAAAGACAUCAACACAUUCACACUGGAGAAAAGCCUUACAGCUGUGAUCAAUGUGGUAAAACGUUUUCUAGGAGUGGUCACCUUAAAUUUCACCGACGUGUUCACACUGGAGAAAAGCCUUACAGCUGUGAUCAGUGUGGUACAUCAUUUUCUAGGAGAGACAGCCUUAAAUCUCACCAGCAUGUUCACACUGGAGAAAAGCCUUACAGCUGUGAUCAAUGUGGUACAACAUUUUCUAGGAGUGGUCACCUUAAAAGACAUCAACGCAUUCACACUGGAGAGAAGCCGUACUGGUGUGAACAACGUGGUAAAACAUUUUCUCAGAGCAGGAGCCUUAAAGCUCACCGACGUGUUCACACUGGAGAGAAGCAAUACAGGUGUGAACAAUGUGGGAAAAUGUUUUCUCAGAGUGGUACCCUUAAAACACAUAAUCGCAUUCACACUGGAGAGAAGCCGUACUGGUGUGAACAAUGUGGUAAAACUUUUUCUCAGAGCAGGAGCCUUAAAUCUCACCAACGUGUUCACACUGGAGAGAAGCCUUACCGGUGUGAACAAUGUGGGAAAAUGUUUUCUCGGAGAAGUAGCCUUGAAGCUCACCAGCGCAUUCACACUGGAGAGAAGCUGUACGGGUGUGAUCAAUGUGGGGCAGCUUUUGCUCAGAGUGGUAACCUUAAAAGACACCAGGUCAUUCACACUGGAGAGAAGCCGUAUUGGUGUGAACAAUGUGGUAAAAUGUUUGCUCAGAGUGGUACCCUAAAAAGACACCACCAGCGCAUUCACACUGCCUCGUAGUGAACAUGUUUCAGAGCCAAGCUGUUCCCUCCUGCCUCCUCCUCAUGCCCUGAUAGCUGAGUUGUUAUAUUCUGAUCUUCUCUCCACAUUGAAGGCUGACCAGCAGGAACUUUAUCUUCUGAACAGCAUGGAUGUUAUCCUGGCUACUACUAUACAUUACACUCCCUCCCUUUGAAGGGAUUUAUUCCACUCAAAAUUAGUUUGUUUUCCUGUAAUAAAAUAUUCUGAGUUCAGGGUUCAACUGCUAGUGCUUUUUAACUAAUGCUGCAACGAAGAAGUAUUUGUUGUUCUUAGUUCAUCACCUUGUAAAUGGAAUUUACAAAAAUCCCCAUCGUUGUUUACUAAGGUGAUGUCAAAUUGCUGAAAUAUUCAGUUUAUUGUCAGUUAAGACGACAAAAGCUUUAAUCAGAACAUGGCUGCAAAAAAUUACUUGAACAGUUAAUGUGUCUAAACUGCGUCUGUGCCGCCGCCAUCUUCAGGCAGACAACUGAUCUUAAAGACUCGGACUCAGAAAAAGAUAGUUGUACUGCUUUUGGAAUUUCACGGAUGAAAACUGUGUUUUACAAUAUUAUACUAUUACGAAAGUGUUGAAUUUAAUAUCACAAAAGGUAACAUUAAUCCUUCUUUUAAGCUAACAGGAAGUUAAGUGACUGUCCUGAUACUGAAUUGAGCUAAUGCUAGCUUGUGUCAGGUUAUGUAUGUUUUAUUUAAGUGAUUAUUAAUAUCUCAGUAAGUAAUCCCUGUGUGUACAUCCUGAAACAAACCUGCUGCUAUACACAUCACACGUGCUGUAUGGCUCAUAUUAACCCUCAUGCCCUCUUCUGGCAUUUUUGUACAUUUUUCUAAAGUUUUUUUUUUCAUUUUUUGAUAAUUGUUGCUGUGUUACUGCUUAUGGCAUGACAUUUUGUAGGAACCUUUCUUUUUGGUCAAAAUGUAUGGGUUUUACUCUUAUGCUUUUUUUGUACUUGAUUGAUUCAUUUUGUACCCUCUGGACACCUUUGUGGCAAAAAUGUACACGCACACAAAAACUGUUAUUAAAUCAUCGUAUAUCAAUAUUUUUUUCAUAAAUCACUUAAACAACUUCUAACUUGCUCAAAAAUACCAAAUAUUCAAUAAUGUUAAGGAUUUUAACCCUUUAAAUGCCAGUAAAGGCAGUGCGAUAAAAACAUGUGGUUAUAAUGGAAGUCAAUGAG